AUGCAGGGUCUUGCGGAUGGUCCCGUCAAGACUCACCUGUUCUGGCUUGAAUUGGAUUCACUAGAACAAGCCAUUUCCAUUGCGGAGCAGGAAGACUUCAGUCUGAGACAGGCUCGCGCCAGCUCGACAUCGUAUCGUCGACCAAGACGAUAUGACAGCGGAGGUCCAGAGCCGAUGGAACUAUGUUAUGUAGAGAGCGAGAAGGCUCGCUCUACAGACUACAAGAAGUUGCAGAGAUGCAACAGAUGUCAGAAGACAGGACACUACGCUUAUGAGUGUAGUGCCCUUCGUCCAGUGUCUCGCAACACUGGGCGUAGUGACCGUCCACCCAUGAGAAAGGAGCAGGGACGAGGGUCCGCAGUUGGUGCAAAGACGCAACAACGGGAUGGACCGUCAAAAAACGGACAGGAUCAGUAG